AUGUUCGCCGCUCGAUCCUUCGCCCGUGCCGCGCCUCGUCAGGCUCUCGCCCGCGCCCCUGCCCGCGCCGGCCGCCGCAACUACAGCUCCGAGAGCCCCAAGCAGUUUGCCGGAGCCGAGGACAACGAGUUCAACCGCGAGCGUGCCCACAUUGCUCAGCACGCUGCCGAGUCUGGCGAGUUCUGGCGCAAGUUGUCGCUCUACGUUGCCAUCCCCUGCAUCAUCGUCGCCAGUGUCAACGCCAAGGUCAGGUGGGAUGCUCACUGGGAGCACGUAGCCCACGAGGAGCACGAGAACCCUCGCGCAGAGAGGCCCGAGUACGCGUACCAGAACAUCCGUACCAAGAACUACUUCUGGGGAGACGGUGACAAGACCCUCUUCUGGAACGACAAGGUCAACUACCACAAGAAGGACGAGUAAACGCUUACUCGGCACGCUUUCAAACAUUGAUAUCAAGAAACAGUCGAGCCAGCAUCUAGACCAAGUGUGGGGUUGGAUGUGUAUAUAGCACAACGAGCGCAAGCUGAGAGUAGACCAGCAAUACAUUUCCUUUGUGUCUGCAUUGUUGACUGUGACACAAAUUCUACUGGUAGUCAAUCUCACAUCU